AUGACGGAGAUGAGAAGGUGGCUUGAGGCUAUCCCUAGGGAUAAAAGACCCGAGUUAUUGAAUAGAUGCCAGCAUCACAUUAGAGUCUACGCCAAGAUAGAUGCAUUGAUGGGAGACAUGCACCCGGCUCUUUGGGCUGACAAGUUGGGGAAUAGUUGGAGAACAACUUUCGACAUAAACGAUUCAUGGGAAAGCAUGGUCUCGAGGGCAGAUCAGAAUGAAGUUUACGCUGAGCAUGCAAGGCCCGGCGGUUGGAAUGAUCCAGACAUGCUCGAAGUUGGAAAUGGUGGUAUGAGUAACGAUGAGUACAUCGUGCACUUCAGCCUCUGGGCUGCUUCUAAGGCUCCUCUUAUUAUCGGUUGUGAUGUAAGGAGCAUGACCAAGGAAACUUUGGCUAUCCUUGGCAACGAGGAAGUGAUUGCUGUAAACCAAGAUCCUCUUGGUGUUCAAGCUAAGAAAGUGCGAAUGUAUGGAGAUUCCGAGGUUUGGGCAGGACCUCUCUCUGGAUACAGAACUGUAGUCGUUCUAUUGAAUCGUUCCCCUGAAUUCAGAACCAUCACAGCCCAAUGGGAUGACAUCGGUCUUCCACUAAACACGGUUGUGGAAGUCAGAGAUCUUUGGAAGCAUGCGACACUAGAGAAGAGGUUUGUGAACGAACUGAGAGCUGACGUGCACCAUCAUGCCUGCAAGAUGUUCCUGUUGACGCCUCUUACACUAUCAGAAGAGGAUGAACCGAAAGUCUAG